AUGGCUUCACAAGAACCUGUACCAAAUCCAGAGGCCAUUCGGCCUCCAAAUUAUAUAUUGGUCCAAACGGACCAUGACUCAGGGGAUGACGCUGACGUCGAAACCUAUUUGGAUCCAAAUGGAUCCCUCAUCUCUAAACGCAUCCGCAGUAAGGAAAGGCGAGAGCGUCACCAUGACCAGGCAGGCCCAACCAAAACUAUUGGUCAGCCAAAGAAGCCUUCGGGGCGGCCGGUUGAUCCUUCCCAGGCAGCAGGAUCAACUCCCGUCACUCGGGAUGAGCUAAUGUCACUCCUGAGCAGCCUCAGGGGUGAAAUCAAGCAGCUCGCCUCAAAGAAGUCGCCUGCUCCUAGAAAGGAGCAGUCGGCCAAGAAGCCAGCCCAAGCUGGCAAACAAAAGUCGGUCAGGGACUGUGCUAACGAGAUUGGAGGUCCCCUGAUUGUCCUCCAGUUCUGGGCUUGGGAGCAUAUCCAUGUAGGCAGACCAGGCAGACCUGCGAUACACCGUCGGGGGGAGCAGGACCAGGACGACCAGUACCAGGCGUACGAUGCUCCCCCGCUCCCUACACCGGAUGAGGCAUAUGGUUGCAGGUGGGUGGUACCCAGGCUGACACAUGCUCAUGCGGCGAGGGGUCUUCCGUAUUACCGAGACGCCCUAGACCGACUCACCGAGGACCAGGUGACAUGGGACCCGUAUGUACCUGACUUGGUAGAUGCCAUGCCUCCACAUCUGCUAGACCAUCAGGCGGAGUGGCGUGCUAGGGUCCCCCUGAUCUGUUUCGAGGUUGUGGAGAGUCACCUGCCCGACCGAGUCAUGAGGCAGUUUGGACUACGCCAGACUAUCCCACAGGGGUGUGACACUAGUGUACAGCUUCACGGCAUUGAUCGUCGGGGAAAGGGGGAGACCAGCUGGGCGCUGGAGCAUUGGCGUUUCCUUCAGCUAUGGGAGCAACGGUUGGAGUUCAUCGUUGGAGGUGAUCUAAUGCAGGGGGCUAUGGAUCCCGACGAUCCGUACAUGGUGUGGUACAGGCGUAUCACACGACGCUUCAUCAACCCCAGCUACGCACCACCAUCCACACAUUACCAUCCAGCAUAUGACAUCAUUAGCGGAUAUGCGGCGGAUAUGGUGGCGAUGGUUGAUGCGCUAUCAGUCUCCCUUGAGUGCGGACCCACUAGAGCCCAGGUCGAGCAGGUGCGAGAUAUGGGCGUCGCUACCUUACGGAGAUAUGGUCACGCUCAUCUCGCCCACCGGCGGGACGGUCAUGAUGGCAACUCACAGUUCGAUCUCGGCCAGAGCAGCGGUGGAUGUGAUCCUACGUCACCCAGACACGCAGAGGAUUACAACAUCCACAGUACUGCGCCCUCUGGUACCCAGGAGGACCCCUCGUCCAGUCAGCUGACUCCCCCACCGCCCCGAGACCCAUUCACCACCGUCACUCAUUACAGGCGGCGACGUGUCAGACGGAGGGCCGACACUCAGGAGGCAGGACCUUUACCCCGAAUAAAUGAGUCGGGCUAGUAUUAUCUGUUGUAUUCCCUGUUAUUUUGUGUAAUGAUGUACAUAACACUUAUGAAAUUAAUAUAAUAAAUCUUUUUUGAAUGACUCCGUGUGUGCUUUGAAGUUAAUUUGGUGGUUGGACUGUUGUUGGGCUGUUUCGAGUUUUCUGCAGUGCUUAAAGUUGACGGAACUCCCAGAAUAUGGUGGUGGUACGUGGUGGGGAGUGGCGGAGUUGGUGGUCGACGGUGGUGGGGUAGGGCUGUGGAGCUGGCUGUUGUGGUGGCUGUUGGAGGACUGCAGCAUGCAAGCUGUUUGCUGAAGCUUGUUUUCUGCCUGGAUGCUGGUUGCUGUUUCCAGCAGAAAAGCGCUGUCUGAGACAGCGCUUUAUGUUCAAGCAUAAAGCGCUGUCUGAGACAGCGUUUUAUGUUCAAGCAUA